AUGUCCCAGUACAUCGGCAAGACGAUCCUGUUGAUCCUGAACAAGGGAUUGCGCUAUGUUGGUUUGCUCGACAACAUCAACGCCGACGACGCCACCGUGGCGUUGAAGCAGGUGCGCUUGUUUGGGCUGGAAGGGCGUUUCGCCGCCGAGGGCAAGCCCCAGUUCGAAGUGCCCCCAGGGCUGGAGGUCUACGAUUACGUCGUGUUUAGAGGGUCCGAUGUCAAGGAUCUCUCGGUGUUGGAUAUCCCCAUUGACCAGGUGAAGCCCGAACCAUACGUGCCUCCUCCUCAACCAGGUAUGUACCACCAGCAACAGCCUGUGGCCACUUCUAUGGGCCAGCAGGGGCCUCUGUACCCUCAAGCGGUUCCCACGGGAGUUACGUCGGGUGGUGAAACUCAGCAAUCGCCGCAGACUGCCCCUCAAUACGCUGGUUCUCGCCCUGAGCCUACGAAGACGACGGCGUCUCCUGCUGCGGCGCCGUCUACGACCACUGCUACUGCGAAUACGUCUCACCCGCCUGCUCCUCAACCAGGUGCUAGACCUCUGCCGCCUACCACCACGGCCACGGCGACGGCAACGACUACUGCUGCUCCUGCUGCUCCCGCCGCCACUGCCACUGCUAUCCCUUCGGAGGAGUUUGACUUCGAACAAGCCAAUGCCAAGUUCUCUCGUGAUCGGGAACAAGAGCGGGCUGAACAAGAAGCCGGUGCCUACGACAAGAAGCUGUCGUUCUUUGACACUAUUUCGCUGUCUACUGAACAACACCAAGCGAUGCGGUGGAGCGAAGAAAAGACGUUGAACAUGGACACCUUCGGUGAGUCUCUGGUGUCUGGUUCUCGUGGUCGCGGUCGCGGUCGGGGCCGGGGCCGUGGUCGUGGCGGUCGUGGUGGCCGCGGUGGCAACCGAAGAAGAAACGACGACUACAACACUAAGCCCGAAUGGGCCUAA